UCUGUCCGGUGAUGGAGGAGUUAGGGGUAGCCGGGAAUCGGCUACUGGAUUAUAGCCUAAUCAGACCAGUGGGCAAAGGGAGCUACGGUGAGGUCAGCCUGGUCCGGCACCGGGUGGAAGGAAGACAGUUUGUCAUCAAGAAGCUGAGUCUGCAGAACGCGCCGCGCAGAGAGCGCAGAGCCGCACAGCAAGAGGCGCAGCUCCUGUCCCGGCUCCGGCACCCCAACAUUGUGGCGUACAGAGAGUCGUGGGAGGGGGACGAUGGCUUCCUGUACAUCGUGAUGGGCUACUGCGAGGGGGGUGACCUGUACCACCGUCUCAAGGAGCAGAAGGGCCAGCUGCUGCCCGAGGGCCGCGUGGUCGACUGGUUUGUGCAGAUUGCCAUGGCGAUGCAGUAUCUGCACGAUGAGCGUAUAAUGCACCGGGAUCUGAAGACUCAGAACAUCUUCCUGACGCGAUCGGACAUCAUAAAGGUGGGCGACCUGGGCAUCGCGCGUGUCCUGGAGAGUCAGUACGACAUGGCGAGCACGCUCAUCGGGACCCCCUACUACAUGAGCCCAGAGCUCUUCUCCAAUAAGCCAUACAACUACAAGUCGGAUGUGUGGGCCCUGGGCUGCUGCGUGUAUGAGAUGGCGACUCUCAGACACGCCUUCAACGCCAAAGACAUGAACUCGUUGGUUUAUCGGAUCAUAGAGGGAAAGCUGCCGCCAAUGCCAAAGGAGUACAGCUCUGACCUUGGAGAGUUAAUGGCGACCAUGUUAAGCCGGCAGCCCGAGAAGCGGCCGACGGUCCGGCAGAUCUUAAGGAAACCCUUCAUCAAGCGCCAUAUAUCUCUGUUCUUACAGGCGACAAAACUAAAUCACGGCAAGCGAAGAAAGAAAGUCCUCGAAUCGUGUGCAAGUAAAGCCGAUGAGACCCCAGCGACAAAACCAAAAGCGACGCAGAACAAAAUGAAGAGCAGACCAUUGAGCCGUCACCCCAGCGUCUCGGAGGGCUGUAUGAGCUCUAUUUCCACGCUCAGUAAGGUGGAUAUCGAUAUCCCGUCUCCUGAAAAGAAAAGCCCAAGCUCUGGACAUUCGAUACGUGACGGGGAGCCUGGAAACGGCAGGACUGCAGAGGUGGAACAUUCGGUACGGCUACUCGCUGGGGGAAAGAAACCGACAGAACCGGUGCCGAUCGGCAGCAUGGAGGGAGGAGGUGACACUGCUGGACUCCUACAGCCAGAACCCAGUGGGGAUGGCCAGUUUAACCCUGAUGGAUCAGAGUCCACAGAGAAACUUCUCGAACCCUUCCUUCCCGUUCCAGAACAGGAUGGAUUGUCUAAUAAAGCAGAAGGGGCAGAAUUCAGUAUGAGUCCCGCUCUCCAGCCACAUACUUCGGAGUCUGGACCAUCUCUAUCACGGCAGCGACGACACCGGGACCGAGAACAAGACAAUUUCAAUCAGUUUGAUGGGAUGUGCCAGAGACCGCUACCGUCUCCCCCUGCCGCAAUCCCCAAGACGGUAAAAAUACCCCGAGACAGCACAGACAGCUCUGGAAAUCCUUCAAAAAGCCAAGAAAAGUCUCUGGAUUGUCGCCCCCUGUCUGCGAGGGAGAGAAGGCGCCUGAAACAGUCCCAGGAGGAGAUUUUUCCCUGCGAACCGUCAGUAAUCAGACCCCCUGUAGGAACAGAGUCCUGUGCAAAUACCUCGCUGGAGGUGGCAGAGAAGGAAGCUGCAUCCCGGCGCUUGUCUGAAGACGAACUGAGUUCCUCCGCCAGCUCUACAGAGAAGUCCGAAGGAGACUGUAAAGACGGAAAAAGUGACUCAAAUGAAAUGCAAGAUCUGGUGCAGCUGAUGACUCAGACGCUCCACAUGGAAAAAGAGCCGAAGCCGCCGAUCCCACCCAAUGAGUUCAAACUUCACCGGAAAUACAGAGAUACCCUCAUCCUACACGGAAAGUCACCUGGGGACCCAGAGGACCUCUGCUUCCACGACAUCCCCCUAGAUCAUUUAAGCGCCCCAGAGAAGUUCCGGCGAAUGAUUGAAGCUCUAAGAGCUGAUGUUGUGCAAGGACUCGGGGUAAAACUUCUUGAAGACGUGUAUGACAUCAUGGAGGAGGAGGACGAGCUGAAAAGAGAGGUGUGUCUGCAGACUCAGAUGGGAGAUAAAUACGCCGCAUACAGCCAGAAAGUUCGCCAACUGAAAUUCUUUGAAGAAAACUCCAAGUUUUAAUUGGCGGAGGGAUUUCCCGCUGGCGGACGCUUCCAUGGCGCAUCAUAGGCUGAGAAUUUGUAUAUUUUUGUACUUUUAUUAUUUUUUAAUCAUUGCCGGGCUGACAUUUUCUGGUGUAUUGGAAAGCGAAUUAGAGUAAAGGUGUACAGUCUGGAUAAGUCGGCGUGAGCCCCGUCCUUCCGGCAUCAGUGUGCGG